UGGAUUCAUUGUUGUUGCAAAAACGCAAUAAAAGAGAGAUGGAAAUUUUUAAAAAACACCUCCAUAAACAUCCCCUGUGGUUCAUCGAGAAGGGAAACCAAAAGUUGUUCUGCACGUUAUGUGGGGAACGCUUAUCUGGCUCGGCAUACGGUUGCAGCAUGUGUAAGAUUUUCAUCCAUGAUCACUGUUCUAAGCUUCCACCCAGUAUUGAAAAUUUCUUGCACCCAUGCCCUCUUGUCCUCAAUAUUGUAUCGCAUGAUUACUUGCCCUGUGACUGUACUUUCUGUAUGCAACCUAUCGGCGCAUAUAGCUAUCACUGCGAGGAAUGUUAUUUUGAUAUGCAUGUUCAAUGCGCCCUACAGCCCACCAUGAAAUCAGAAGGUGAGAAGCUUAUUCAGCACUUCACUCACUGGCAUCCUUUAAAGCUUAUUCAGAACAAGGAAGAGGAUCAAGUUUGUUGUUUCAAAUGUCAAAAGGUGUGCUCUGGUUCUGCAACUGCUUAUGGCUGCGAGAAAUGCAAAUUUUUCCUCCAUGACUCUUGCAUGAUCAGCAUUCCACGAAAGAUCAAUCAUUUCCUCCACCCAUGCCCUCUCAUUUUGUGCACGAGUGGAAUCUUUUACACGUGUGGGGGUUGUGAAGAUAGCGGCUCAUUCUUGACCUUCAGCUGCAGAAGGUGUCGCUUCGAACUAGAUGUCAAAUGCGCCGUACUUCCCACUGUCAAAUCUGGAGGUGCCAAGCAGAUUCAACAUCCUAGUCACCAACAUCCACUAGCACUCCUUGGAAAACAUAAAGGGCCGUGGUGUUCGAUGCAAAGCAUGUGGGAAAAUUUGUUCAGGUCUUACAAAUACUUUUGGUUGUCGCAGAUGCAAGGUUUUUUUCCACAAAUCAUGCGCUGUUGAAUUAUCAAAAGAGCUUGAUCAUCCCUUUCAUCCCCACCCUCUCACUCCCUCAUCCUAUCCACAGAAUGAUUCUUGUGCGGCAUGCGGAUUGAUUGUCAGGUCUCUGCCAUUCUAUCGCUGUAACGAGUGCAAAUUUAGCCUUCAUAAGGAUUGUGCUAAGCUCAAACCCUCUUAUAAGUACGGACCUCACCCGCACCUUCUCACUCUUAUUGAUAAAACGGAUGGAAUUUACUGCGACAUAUGUUAUGAGAAAGCCAACAACUUCUGCCUUCGCUGUGUGGUAUGUAGGUUUAGCAU